AUGAAGAGAAAUGGAGAAGCAAUUAAUGAUGUAAGAAUUAUGGAGAAGAUACUUAGGACUUUAGACUCUAAAUUCAAAUAUAUUAUUCCGGCAAUACAAGAGUCUAAAGAUCUUUCCGAAGUUUCUAUUGAUGAGCUGCAAGGUUCUCUGCAAGCUUAUGAACAAGAUAUAAACAUUAGUUCAAAUCAAGCGGAGAAUCUAGAACAAGCCUUGCAAAGUAAGAUGACUAUCAAAGAAGAUAGUCGAAGAGGACGUGGAGGCUACAGAGGCAGACGCUCCUUUCGAGGUGGCUCAAACUUCCAACAAGGUCGAAGGAGACAGUACCAAGGAGGUCAUGAAAAUCAAGAUCUAAAUGGAAAUCGUGAAAGAUCGUUUGAUCGAGGACGAGGUCGUGGCGCACGAGGACGAGGACAAGGAAGAAAAUACCAAGAGGACAAAUCUCAGCCACAGUGUUACAAGUGCAAGAGAUACGGUCAUCUCAGCUACGAAUGUUGGGAGAAAUCAAAUCAAGUGGCAGAAAGAAGUAACUUUGUAGAAAGGGAGCAGCCAGACACUUCAAUAGUCUUGCUGACGUACCAGGAGAGUGAAAGUAAGAAUAAAGAUAUCUGGUAUCUGGAUUCAGGUGCUAGUAACCACAUGUGCGGUAUCAAGGAGUUUUUCACCGAGCUGAACGAGACGGUACAAGGAGAUGUCACCUUUGGAGAUCAGUCAAAGAUUCCAGUGAAAGGACCAUUUGUAGUCAUCUCUCUUGGAGAAAAUAGGUACUUUCUCACAUUUAUUGAUGAUUAUAGCAGAAAAACUUGGGUUUAUUUCCUGAAGGAGAAAUCCGAAGCUCUGGAGAAAUUCAAAGAAUUCAAGGAGAUGGUAGAAAAGCAAAGUGGGUACCACAUCAAGGUGCUCCGAUCAGAUCGAGACGGAGAAUACACUUUGAAUGCAUUCAACAAUUUCAACAAGUAG